AUGAAGUUCAUCCUCUCCUUCGCCCUCUAUACAGCUACCGCCCUAGCCCAGGGCAUCUACAUCGAGUCCCCCGCCGCCGGCACGGAGCUGAAAGCCGGAGAAACAGUAACCGUGCAGAUCGGUCGUCCGAGAUUCCCCGAAAACAUCGCUGAAAUCGGCAUCGCCAUCGGUAUCGAAUCCUGCUCCGGGUCCUCAGGAUGCACUGCCCCCGACUCGGCUAUCGGAAAUCUCCUAUACAGCGGCCCCUAUGAUCCACAGUCUAACGGACCUCCUUACCCGUAUGAGAACUUCACUGUCACUGUGCCGGAUGUGACGGGCCCUGCGCAGAUCGGGGUUGUUAGACCGUAUUUGGUGGGGCUUUCGUAUGAGUUUGUGGUGGGGACGGCGGUGACGAAUGUUACGAUUGUGUAA